UUCAAAACCUAGUUGGCCAUUUCCCUUCGCUCCUCUCACCACCCCCUCCAUUUGCCCAUUUCUCAAAUUAACCAAAGGUUUAUCUCACCUGAUCAUUUAUCCUAGCUAAAACUUUUUCAUUAUUGCAUAAACUAGAAAUUAAAACCAAGAAAAUGACACAAAUGGGACGUCAAUGGUGGCAGAAAACCACCACCUCUACAACCACCGGAACCACGGCAGUAGGCACCAUUUACGGCGGCGGUCGCACCACCAGAAGUUGUAGUUCAACAUCAUCAGAAAGUAAUGCUGCAAUGAGCUCAUGUUGUGGGCUAUCAAGAUUAAUGAGGAAGUUGAAGAGACAUAGCAAUAAAAUGUUGAAAACAGCGGCAAGUACCAGUCGACAAUCAUCGUUCCAAUGUCGGUAUGAUCCACUUAGUUAUGCCUUGAACUUUGAUACAAGUGGAACUGGAAGUUUAUUGGAUGAAGAUUAUUACAAGUUCUGUGCUUUUUCUUCAAGGUUUGUUGCUACCCCAAAAGCUGAUCAUCACUGCCAAAUUAAAGUUUAAUGGCUGCUGCUUCCCACUAAUAUAAAGAUCUAGUGGAAAAAGAAAAAAGGAAACGUAUGUACGUACCAUUUUAUCAUAUUAUUUUAUUUUAAUUUGUUGGAUGAAAAGAUGAAAAAAAUGUUGUAUACGCCUUAUUAGUUUGAGGAUAAGAAAUCCCAAGUUUUGGAGCAA